AUGUCAACACCACCAAAUCUAAAUGACUUAACGAAAAUAUUAAUGCGAUUUAGAAUCGGAAAAUAUGGUAUCAGUACAGAUAUUGAAAAGGCCUUUUUACAGAUAGGACUUGACAAGAAGGAUCAUGACGCUACACGUUUCUUUUGGCUAGCUGACCCCGACGACCCAUGUGGCAAUCUAACAACUUACAGGUUUAAAUCGAUAUUGUUUGGCGCAACAUGCUCACCAUUUAUUUUUAAUGCCACUCUACUUAAGCACUUGGACGAAAAUGAAAUUAGUAUAACACAAACGAUGAAAAGGGACUUAUAUGUAGACAAUAUUCUGUCAAGCGUUGAGACUUAUGACGAAGCUAUUGCAUAUUUCAAGGAUGCGAGAAAUGUCAUGUCAAAGGGAGGAUUCAAUUUGCGAUCUUGGAGCUCAAACUGCAGUGAUUUAACUGAAAUUGCAAAAACUGAAAAUUUAGCCGAAAAGAACAUAACGGUAAAUAUACUAGGAAUGAUAUGGAACACUGAAAAAGAUACAAUUUCUUUUCAUAAAGUUAAUGUAACAGAUAUUGAGGAACCAAACAUUACAAAACGUGAAAUACUGAGUCAAUCAUCUCGAAUCUACGAUCCUAUGGGAUCACUUUCGCCAGUGUCCGUUAGGGCCAAAAUUUUAAUGCAAGACCUCUGGAAAGACAAACUUGAGUGGGAUGAACCACUUCCGUUAAACGUACAACAACAGUGGAUGGAAUUAGCUAGAGACUUAGAAUUUUCAACAAACACAGAGUUACCGAGACAGAUUUUAACUAAAAGUACAGAUGAACCAACACAGUUACAUGUUUUCGUUGAUGCCAGCCAGAGAUCCUACGGAUCAGCUGUUUAUAUAAAAAAUCGACAGCAGUCAACAUUAGUAUUUGCUAAAAGCCUAAAGACUUUGACAUUACCACAAUUAGAACUAAUGGCCGCUGUGAUAGGAGCUAGAAUUGCAGCACACGUAAAAUCAGCUCUAUCAAUAAACAAAGUCACGUAUUGGUCGGACAGUCAAAUAGUUUCACACUGGUUAACAACGACUAAACAUUUGAAAAAAUUCCUUCACAACAGAAUUACAGAAAUUAAAUCUUUAACACAGGAUUCAGAGUGGAAAUAUUGUCCAACGAAUGACAACCCUGCAAACCUAUUUACAAGAGGGAACAGCGCUUCACAACUAGCAGAUGCUAAACUGUGGUUUAAUGGACCGGAAUGGAUCAAUUGUUCAAAAUCUUGGCCGCAGUGGACACCUAACACAUGCAUUCUUUUAACGAAUAUAGAUCAAGAGGAGAACGUUACAAAUACAAUUGAAGGGAAUAAUACACAUAGCAUUCAUUGCAUACUGGAUAUUAUGAGAUACAGUACAUUAACAAAGAUACUACGUGUUAGUUCGUGGAUUUACCGAUUCAUAGCGAAUUGCCGCAAAUCACGCUCACAGAGAAUACAGAGCAAAUUCAUCACAUGCGAGGAACUACAAGAUACAAUAGAAAAAUGGAUAAUAAGUGCUCAGAGGAUUUCAUUUGAUAAAGAAAUCAGGACUUUGAAGUCGCAAUCGAACACACCCAAUACUUUAUUUCGACAAUUACGACUAUAUAUAGAUGAGAAAGAAAUUGUUCGUUGCCGCGGGAGAAUUCAUAAUGCUCAAAUUAGUGAAAAUUCAAGAUUUCCGUGUUUAUUACCAAAUAAUUAUCAUUUCACUGAAUUGCUUAUAUCGGAAGUUCAUAAGAAUUUAAAACAUUCAGGAGUAUUGGCCACAGUCACCGAGAUUCGCCAAAAUUAUUGGAUACCUAAAAUACGUCAACAAGUGAAAAAAGGUCUUCGUAAAUGCGUUAAUUGUCGUAAAGUAAACGGAAAACCGUACAGUGCGCCAGAUCCUCCACCUCUACCAAAGACAAGAUUAAUGGAAGCACCAUCGUUUACCGUCACAGGUGUUGAUUUUACUGGAGCGUUAUAUGUUAAAGACAAUAACGGACAAGGGAGCAAAGUAUUCAUAUGCUUAUUUACAUGUGCGUCAACGCGCGCAGUGCAUUUAGAGGUCCUCACAGAUCUUAAAGAAAGAUCUUUUUUACAAGCGUUCAGAAGAUUUACGAGCUGCAAGUCUUUGCCGAGAGUGAUGAUAUCUGACAAUGCGUCAACAUACAUGGCCGCAUCCGAGACUUUAGAGAGACUUACCAAAUCCGAAACCUUAAAUGAUGCGUUAUCCGUCUGUGGAACGACUUGGAAAUUCAUAAUAAAACGAGCUCCCUGGUAUGGUGGUUGGUGGGAGCGCUUAAUAGGACUAACACAAAUGUGCUUACGAAAAGUUCUUGGAAGAUCGUACAUUACAUCGGAGGAUUUACAAACAAUAGUCACCGAAAUUGAAGCCGUGUUGAACGAUCGGCCUUUAACGUAUGUAUCCACCGACAUCGAGGAUCAGGUACUUUUGACACCAUCGCACCUGCUGUAUGGGAGAAGGAUUACAACUACACCGUAUCCACGACAAGACACCAACGAAAAUACAAGUUUCAUAGACAGAAGCGACAUUUCUAAACGUGCUGAACUACAAACUUUCGUAAUUGGCCAAUUUUGGUCGCGAUGGAAAUCAGAAUAUCUUACGUCGCUACGUGAAUACCACACCCGAACAGGAGAUAACGACCAGACAAUUUAA